CUGGCGGGGAAGCGCGUGCUCGUGACGGGGGCGAAUCGCGGCGUCGGGCUGGCGCUGUGCGAGGAGCUGACGCGGCGAGGCGCGGAGGUGGUGGCGACGUGUCGAAGGACGAGCGAGGCGCUGAUGGCGCUGAAACCGAAGGAGGUGAUCGAGGACGUGGACGUGACGGACGCGGCGAGCUGCGAACGCAUGGCGAAGGCGGUGGGCGGGACGCUGGACAUCGUCGUCAACAACGCGGGAUACUUUUACGAACCCGUGGAGAAGGUGACGGAUGGGUCGAUGGCGUUCGACGAGGAGUUGAAGAUGAUCGAUAUCUGCGCCGUCGGACCGCUGCGCGUGUCGAACGCGCUGUAUAACGCGGGUAAGAUCACCAAGGGCGGGAAGAUCGCCAUGGUGACCUCGCAAGGAGGGUCGGUGACGUGGCGAGAGGUGCAAAAUCCGAGCGGCGGCGACUACGGGCAUCACAUGUCGAAAGCCGCCGCGAACAUGGGGGCGAAAUUGUUGGCGCAAGAGCUCAAGCACGAGGGGAUCAUGGUGCAAGUGCUCCACCCGGGGUUCAACAAGACGGACAUGACGGCC